GGUUAUCAGUAACUGACAGAGAAUUUUUAAUAAGUAAAGUUUCUAUCGUUUUCAAUGUGGCUGCAACAGUCAGAUUUGAUGAAAAGCUGAAGCAAGCAGUAGCCAUCAAUAUUAGUGGCCCGAAAGAGAUGCUUGAUCUUUCUCGACGUAUGGAUAAAUUAAAGGCGUUUAUUCAUGUGUCGACCUUUUAUUCCAACUGCAUCAGAAAAACGAUCGAUGAAAAAUUUUACGACCCUCCUAUAUCAGGAGAUAACAUCUUAAACUUAGUGCAAUGCAUCAAUGAAGAGAAACUGAGUUCCAUUACCGAUUUUUUAAUGGAAGAUUUUCCUAAUACUUAUACCUACACGAAAGCAAUCGCUGAACAAGUAGUGCGACAGUACUCAAAGGAUCUCCCAACAGGAAUUUUCAGACCUGCCAUAGUGCUAUCGACGUAUCAGGAACCUGUGCCUGGAUGGAUCGAUAAUAUUUUUGGACCCACUGGUGCAGUUGUAGCUGGCGGUGCUGGUUUAUUAAGAGUCGUACAAGCCGAUAAUUCCAUUAGGGCAGAAUUGGUUCCGGCAGAUUUUACCGUGAAUGCACUUAUUGCAUCUGGCUGGGACGUUGCAAAUAAAAAAAAUGAAAAUGACGAUCCACUUAUUUACAAUUAUUGCUCGUCUUGGAAUAGUACCAUUUCUUUUGAACAAUAUUGGAACUUAGCAUUAAAAUAUGGAAAGCAAAUACCAAGUGUGAAGAGUGUAUGGUGCUACAGUAUAACAGUUGUAAAAAAUUAUUACUUGUAUUAUAUUUUAUGCUUAUUUUUGCACGUUUUACCGGCCUCAUUAAUUGACGUUGCAUCUUUCAUCACUGGGAGAAAAACCAAAGCAAUCGAAAUUUACAAGAAGAUCCACAAAUUCUCAGCAGCCACAUCCUAUUUUGGAUUGAACGAGUGGAAUUCCAAACUUGAUAGAACCAAAUCGCUCUGGAAAAGGAUAUCCGUUGACGAUAAAAAAGUUUUUCCAUUUUCAAUGGACAAUUUUAAUUGGGAGGACUACAUGAAACAUUACAUCGAUGGUUUGAGACUUUACAUUUUUAAGGAUACUCCUGACACAAUUCCUGCAGCUAAAAAACGCAUGUCUAAAAUCGUGCUAACCCAUAGAAUUAUAAAAUACAUAUUUCUGCUGUUUGGCGUCUGCGCUUCCUAUAUUAUAAUCUCCUUUAUUUUGUCUCUUGGAUGGAAAAACGAAUUUACGUUUAUCAGCGAGAAGUUCAUUGAAAGAUAAAAAAUAUAGUAAUAUAUAUUAUGUUCUCACUCUUAUACAUAUGUGAUAUCAAUUUGCAAAGAACCUGUUAUAUUUAAUUUCAUAGUUUCAAAUACAAAUAUAUUGAAUAUUCAUUUGUAAAUAUGAAUAACAACACGCAAUGAGUAUAGAAUUCUCCUUUUGCUAUAUAUUAAUUAAUUUUAAGUAAUAACUUUAUAUUUAUGUUAUGAUGUAUGAAUAUUUUAAUGUAUAUUUACAAUAUUCGAAAAACGUUUUCUUAAAUUAAUUUAUGAUGCAGUUUAAUUUUCAUUUUCGAAUCGACGACUAUAAAAAUGUGAAUACGCAAGCUUCUGUGUAAUGCUCAAAACAUUUGAAUUCUCCCAAGAUAUAAAAAAUAAAGCCUGGACUCUUCGUAAUGGUGAAACUUUCAGAUAGUAAAUUAUUAAAAUUGUAAAAUUUUAAAUUUCGAUUUACUCGAAAUCAUUUUGCUUAAUAAAAAGAGCCAAGAGAAACAAAAUUGUCUAUGAUUUAAUUUUUCUGAGCUAUUAAUUUUAUUUUAAUGAAAAUUAAUUAAGUAAUUGUAGUUAGAACUUUGGCCCUGUAUUUGAGGAUUAUAAAAUUUUUUAUAUUUAGCUUAUAAGUUAUUAAUGUACGAUAUCUUGUGACCAGAAAUGCCUCUUCUUUAAACUUUCAAGUUACGAAAUGAUGUAGCCAAACAUCUAUCGAGUGUGCCUGCGGGUUCCAUGUCCAUCUUUGUCGCAUCAGUGUAGAAAUCUAUCUUUCUCUAUUAGCAAUAUUGUAUAAUGUCUAGUCGAAGUAACGGCUAUUAUGCAAGUGGACACUUUUUAAAUUUUAGGCCAAGCAUUUAUAACUAGCAUCAAUAAAAUAAAUAAGAUAUUCUAUCGUUUUCUU